CUCAGGCUGGUGGAGCACUGCGCGUCCCCGCGAGAGAACAGCGCGCACCCGAGAUCCGCGGGCAUUUACUGGAGAUGAGCGCGCGGAGAGUCCAGUCAGUCGCAGCGCAGGACAGAGACAGUCACAGGACCGCAGACCAGAACCAGAACCAGGACCAGGACCGAGCGGGUUUCAGUAGGUUCAUCUGCACACUGACUGAACACUAGAAGAUCUUCUCUGAGCUGUCCUGAUCCACUAAACUCACUGCAGAGGCGGCUCAUUGGUCACACGGCCGUGAUGGACAGGCCGAGGAACGGCCCAUUGGUGCUGCUGCUCCUGGGUCACGUGAUCACGGCGCUGGAGGUUCCUCUGGACCCUAAACUCCUGGAAGGAUUGCCACAGCCACCCACAAUCACCCAUCAGUCGCCGAAGGAAUACAUCGUAGACCCGCGAGAGAACAUCGUCAUCCACUGCGAGGCCAAAGGGAAGCCGCACCCCGGCUUCUCCUGGACCAGGAACGGGACGCACUUUGACAUCGACAAAGAUCCCAAAGUCACCAUGAAGCCUCAUUCAGGAACGCUGGUGAUUGACAUCAGCGGAGGAGAGAAGGCCGACGCCUACGAGGGCGUGUAUCAGUGCACCGCCCACAACGAGCUCGGCACCGCCGUCUCCAACAACAUCGUCAUCCGCCAGUCCAGAUCUCCUCUGUGGUCUAAAGAGAGAUUCAGUCCGAUCGUAGCGCAGGAGGGACAGUCUUUAAUCCUGCACUGCCGUCCCCCCGCCGGCCUCCCGCCGCCCAUUGUCUUCUGGAUGGACAACAAUUUCCAGCGUCUGCCGCAGAGCCGGCGAGUGUCUCAGGGUCUGAACGGAGACCUGUACUUCUCCAACGUCCUGAUGGAGGAUUCCAGGAACAACUACAUCUGCUACGCCCGCUUCCCGCACACGCAGACCAUCCAGCAGAAGCAGCCCAUCACCGUCCACGUCAUCGACAUGGAUUCACUCAAUGACACAAUGGCAGAUUAUUUCAAUGACACUGAUUUGUUUAGUGAUAAACCCGUCGGCGAGCGUCCGCCCUCCUUCAUGGUUCCCAGCGGGUCGCUCAGCUCUAAGAUGGCUCUGAGAGGAGAGGUUCUGGAGCUGGAGUGCAUCGCAGACGGCCUUCCCACUCCUGUGGUCUCAUGGACGAAGCUCAGCGGUGAGAUUCCCAGUCACAGAGCUUCCUUCCUGAACUUCAAUAAGACUCUGCAGAUCACGGAGGUGUCGGAGGCCGACGCUGGAGAAUAUCGCUGCACCGCCAGGAACCGGCUCGGCUCUGUUCACCACACCAUCACAGUCUCCGUUAAAGCGGCUCCGUACUGGAUCAGCGCUCCCAGGAAUCUGGUUCUGGCUCCGCUGGAGACGGGCGUCAUCACCUGCCGGGCCCGAGGACACCCCAAACCCAGCAUCCGCUGGUCCAUGAACGGCCUGCCGAUCGAGGACGCUCCUAAAGACCCCAGCAGGAAGGUGGAGGACGACACCAUCAUCUUCUCCGAGGUCCAGACGGGCUCCAGCGCCGUUUACCAGUGUAACGCCUCCAACGAGUACGGAUACCUGCUGGCCAACGCCUUCGUCAACGUGCUGGCGGAGCCGCCCAGAGUUCUGACGCCCCCUAAUAAAGUCUAUCAGGUCAUUAUGAACAAACCCGCGCUGCUGGAGUGUCUGUCCUUCGGCUCACCCGUCCCGGCCAUCACAUGGUUUAAGGACAGCCGCUCCAGCAUGUUGGACGGAGAUCCCUACGUGUUCCAUAAGAACGGAACGCUGGAGAUCCACGUGUCUCAAGCUGUAAACAGCGGGAAAUACACCUGCGUCGCCAGGAACAACCUCGGCAUCUCGGAGAACCAUGUCUACCUGGAGGUCAAAGAGCCCACGCGGAUCCUGCAGCCGCCGGACUACAGGGUGGUCCACAGGAACCGGGACGUGCUGUUCGAGUGUAAAGUCAAGCACGACCCGUCCCUCGUGCCCAGCACCACAUGGCUCAAAGACGGCGGCGAGCUGCCUGACGACGAGAGGUUUAGAGUGGACUCGGACAGUCUGACCAUCACAGACGUGACGGAGAGCGACGCGGGAACAUACACAUGUGUCGUGAACACCUCGCUGGACCAGGACUCGGCCAGCGCUCGGCUCACUGUGGUCGAGGCUCCGCCCAACGGGCAGCCCGACGCUCCCACCGAUCUGGAGCUGACGGAUCCGGGCGCGAGGAGCGUUCAGCUCACCUGGACACCUGGAGACGAGCACAACAGCGCCAUCAAGAAGUUCCUGAUCCAGUAUGAAGACGGUCUCCAUCAGAGCGGCGUGUGGCACAACCUCACGGAGGUUCCUGGGACGAAGACCACGGCUCAUCUCAAGCUCUCUCCGUACGUCCACUACAGCUUCAGAGUGCUGGCGCUCAAUGACGUGGGCUACAGCCGUCCCAGCAUGCCCUCGCGCCAGUACAGGACCAACCCCGCAGCUCCGGACGAGAACCCCUAUGAGGUCAAAGGUCAUGGCACGGAACACAAUAACCUGGUCAUCACGUGGAAGCCGCUGACGGGCCUCCAGGCCAACGGUCCCGGCCUGCUCUAUAAGGUCAUGUGGCGUCAGCAGGACGUGGAGGAGGACUGGACGUCUGUCAGCGUGGCCAACGUCUCUAAGUUCGUGGUAUCGGGGACGCCCACGUUUGUGCCGUACGAGGUGAUGGUGCAAGCGCAGAACGAUUAUGGUCACGGACCCAAACCCGUCGCUGUGAUCGGAUACUCCGGAGAGGACUUUCCCUCGGCGGCUCCGGAUCACGUGCAGGUGGUGGUGUUGAACAGCUCGCUGGCGGAGGUGCACUGGGAAGACGUUCCUCUCCGAUCGGUGCGAGGGCGACUGCAGGGCUAUAAGGUUCAUUACCGGCGCGAGCGGAGUUUACACCGACACAACUCUCAUCACGGUGAACAGAGGACCGAGAGCUUCGGCCCCAGCAGAACCAGCGGGAAGCUUCCCAACCUGCACCCGUACAGCAUCUACAGUCUGCACGUGACGGCGUUCAACGGCCGCGGGGAAGGACCCGCCAGCGCCACGCAGCGCUUCGAGACGCCGGAGGGCGUUCCCGGCGUGCCGUCGUUCUUCCGCGUGUCGGCUUCAGAUCUGGACUCUCUGACGCUGGAGUGGGGUCCGCCUCACGUGAGGAACGGCCGUCUGACCGGAUACACCCUCAGAUAUCAGACGGUCAACAGCAGUCAUGACCUGGGUCUGCUGGAAGAGCUGGAUCUGCCGUCCAAUCACAGCAGCGUAACGCUGCACAACCUCCAUCACAGCACGCGCUACAAGUUUUAUUUCAAUGCCCGAACGCAGCGAGGGUCCGGUCCUGCGCUCACCGAGGAGGCCGUCACCAUCCUGGACAGAGCGCCGGCGGUCGCUCCUGCGUUCGGGAACGUCAGCUCAUCCGUGAGCGAGGACGGAGCGCUGAUCAGUUGGGAAUACUGGGGCCCCGAGAAACACCUUUAUGUUGAAUAUAUUAUAGACAACAGUGAUGAAGACUGGCACACAGAGAAGGUCAACGGCUCUCAGUUCCACGUUCUUAAGGGUUUGAAGGAAGGUUUGGCCUACAAGGUGCGUGUGGUGGCCGGAGGUCAGGACGAGAGGUCGCUCCAUCGCUCUGAGGAGCUGUUGGUGAAGCUCCCAGCGAUAGUGAGUCCGCAGGUGGACAUCGCCACUCAGGGCUGGUUCAUCGGUCUGAUGUCGGCCAUCGCUCUGCUCAUCCUCAUCCUGCUCAUCGUCUGCUUCAUCAAGAGGAACAAGGGCGGGAAAUAUCCAGUUAAAGAGAAGGAAGAUGCUCACGGAGACCCGGAGAUCCAGCCCAUGAAGGAGGAUGAUAUAACGUUUGGAGAGUACAGUGACGAGGACCAUAAACCGCUCAAAGGGAGCCGAACGCUUUCCAGCGGGACCAUUAAGCGCGACGGGAGCGACGACAGUUUAGUUGACUCCGGAGACACGCAGUUCAACGAGGACGGCUCGUUUAUCGGCCAGUAUAGCGGGAGGUCGGAGAGGGACGCGGCGCACGAGAGCUCAGAGCCGCCGUCUCCCAUCAACGCCAUGAACUCUUUCGUGUAGGACUGACGAGGUCAGCUGACGCACCGUUAUUAGAGACUAAACGAGCCGGACGCUCGCGACGGAUGCGGACUGAACCGACGGACGUCAGAGGACGCGUGACGCGGCUGUGUUCACUGUACUACUCAAACUCACCGCAGGAACGUCACAAACAACUGAAUACCUGAAAAUAAGCUUCAUUUAAAGGGAAAACUGAAUUAGAGUUUUCUGAGCCCAUUAGCAGAUAUUCGUUCGUUAUGUUGGCUUGAGAAAGCAAACAUACUGAAAUCCAGUUUAAACUUCUUCUUCUUCUGGGACUAAAUUUAGUCAUCUGCUCCUACAUCUACCGAACUCGACUCUGACGAUUCUGACGCGCGUUAUUAUUUCUUUUCUAACUGAUCGGACGAUCAAAACCACGAAAAAUCCCAUAGACUAUCAUUGAGGGGUCAAAACUUUUAUACAGUAACUCUAAUGGAGUAUUAAAGCUUCAUUUAUUAAAGUAUUUAUCAGUAGCAAAGCUUAAAAACUAGCGUAAGACAUGCUAGCACCAUGCUAAAACAUGCUAAUGUUAGCUAGGGUGACCAUAUGUGCUAUUUUCCCAGGACGCGUCCUGUCCAGGAUUUCUAAGUUGCAUAAAAUGUCCCAGUUUUGGUUUUGUUUUCAUAUUUGCGGAAGGUAAUGACUGAAAAAUAAUUUGACCAAUAGCGUGCAUUAUAAAUAAUCGACCAAUCGUGGCUUGCGAGAAGGCUGGAUCUACAGAGAACGGUCAAAGCGUUGCAAAUACGACAACAUUUUAAUGCACUGCAUGAAGACUGUCAAUAAGAACAGUGGCACAGACCUCCGCGUGGAAAUCACGCAUCAAUAUGACCACUCUCACGGUUAAAGAGGCAAGAGCUCAAGACAUUUUAGGCAAUUUAGAAAUCCUGGACAGGAUGCAUCCUGGGAAAAUGGCACAUAUGGUCACCCUAAUGUUAGCAACAUGUUAAAACGUGCUAGCAAUGUGCUAAUUCAUGCUAAAACAUGUAUGCAUGUAUGCAAAGUAUGCUAAGUCAUGCUAUCACCAUGAUAAAACGUUAGCAACUUGUUAAUUAAUGCAAGCAACGUGCUAAAACAUGAUAGCAAUAUGUUAAAACAUGCUAGCAUACUAAAUCAUGCUAACAUCAUGCUAAUACAUGUUAGCAACAUGCUCAUUCAUGCUAGCAAUGUGUUAAAUAUAAUUUUUGUUUGUCACUUUUCAGUAAGUAUUUUUAUUGUUUUUAAAUAAAAAUAUAUAUUUUAAAAUGUAAACAAUAAAAACACAAAGAUAUUUUGCAGGUAAACAAAAACAUUUUUUAGUAAAUGUUUUUUAUAUAUUCAGUAUGUUUUUAUUUGGCGAUUUUAUGAUUGAUUUUUUUUUUUUUUUUUUUUUUAAGGAUUUAAAUUUUUUUAUUAAGUUUAAGUUUUGCUAUCAUGCUAGCUAUAUGCUAAAACAUGCUCAUUCAUGCUAACAAUGUGCUAAACAUGCUAAAACAUACUAGAAAUGUGUUAAAAGAUGUUCGCAAAGUUUUAAAACAUCCAGGCAGCAUGUUAGCAGUUGGUAAGAAAUACUAGUAGUAACAUGUUAAUUCAUGCUAGCAAUGUACUAAAACAUGCUAGCAAAAUAAUCCUAGACACAUGCUAAGACAUGCUAACAACAUAAUAAAACAUGCUAGGAAGCUUAUAAAACUUUCCAAAUUUCAGCAAAGCUUUGCCAAGCCAACAUGUGUUUGAUUUCAAGACUUACUCUGUAUUUUUAAGCACAAACUCACUUCAUUUUGAUGAUUUUUUUUUUUAGUAAACAGGUCUUAACAUUUUCAGUCAUUUCUCUUCUCCAGUAAAUGUAUCUUGAUUUCAGAAUGUUUAGAUGUUUGUGCUGAAAACAAGACAGAAACACUGAGGAAGAACAUGAUGUUUUCAGUGCCGAUGAUCUAAAAUGCAUCUUUGCACAGAAUACUGUAGAGAGUGAGAUCUGAUGAAAAUAUAAAGUCUGUCAGAAUUCAUGACAUUUUUACAGCAGAUUGACUUAAACGUUUAGUAACCCUCAUGGAUGAGGUCAUGUGACUGAGCUGUCCGUCAUGUGAUGAUGCAGUAUUGUGAACACAGCCGCAGUAUCCGUGCAUGAUGACAGUAUUGUAAUGACGCUCCUCACUGCUGCAGUCUUUAUUACAAACUCUUGUGGACGAACAGAGCGCCGCAUCGCAUCACAUCACAUGACCCGCCACCUGCAUCCUGACCUGCAUGUGAACCUGUGCUGUUCCCAUAGCAACCCAGACAUGACACUGCGCUCACUGCGAGGAGGAGGAUGAUGAUGAUGCUUCAUCUACCUGAAUGAUUUACACGUCAGAUAUGAGUUCAUAUGAGGAUCGCAGUCACAAUCCCACGCUUUUAAAUAUUAACAUGUAGAAGUGGAAUAGAAUUCAUUUCUGUCAUUCAAAUUAUCUGCCGUAUCUUUCAUCCCAAUAUCUAAAGAAAAAAAUGUGUAAUAAUAUUUUAGAUAAAGAAAAUAAAGCCUUUUUUUGGAUUGCAUUGCAUGCAACGAUAUUUAUGAUGAUUAAAUUCCCAAAUUCUCAUAAAUAGAAUUAGAAGAGAUUUCAUACUCAUUACCGCAAAGGACAAAAUAUAAUAAAUUUUCUUGAUGCAUAAAAUAUACUUUCUUAUUUCUGAUUUUUGGGGUUUUUCAUGUAAUUCACCCUAUUUAUAUUUGCCUUGUUGAGUUUUUGUAGGUCGUUGAUGAACUGUGUGUAUGAAAGAGAUUUUUAUGCUUUUUUCAUAACUUGCAUCAAGUUUGAAUUUGAAAUGUUAAAUGUUGUUUUGUAAAGAUAUUUUGUUACUGUAAAUAAAGCGAGCAUUUGUUUGGUUUGAGGACUGAAGAGUGUGUGUGUGUGUGUGUGUGUGUGUGUAGUUUCUUCAGUGUUGUGUUCUCAGCAGUAUUUCUCUCAUGUUUUACAGACUCUAAUGCGCCGCAGCUCUUGGUUUUAAAGGGAUUUUGUACGUUAAUCUCAGAACUGUUUUCUAACUUCACGUCUCAUUUUACUGAAGCUCCACUGGACGAUAUUUCAGCCUCUAUAAAUAUAAUAUGCAGAAUAAUAUUGAAUGAAUAAAUGUAUUCCAAUAUA